AUGCGCCUCACCCCUUUUCUGGCUUUAGCCAUUGCGAGUGCCGUAAAGCUGGCGCACGCUACAGAGCAUGCGGUGAAAGGAGGCCAGCCCAUUAUAAUCGAUACAGAUCUAUUCAGCGACGUCGACGACGUGGGCGCGUUGACAAUUGCGAAUGUUUUACACAACUGUGGCUUGGCCAAUCUGCGAGGGAUUGUGAUUAAUACGCCAUCUCAGUACGGGCCAUUGGCGGCAAGUUCCCUUUCUACUUAUUUCGGCAAUGAUGUCCCCAUCGCCGCCUUUCGGCCAGUUACGAAUGAUACAUUCUUCGACAACUACUUCUAUUUAUAUGGCGAGUAUGCCAGCAAAUUAGCAUAUAAUUGGCCUCGCAAGAUUCAAACAGCGGAUUCCACCCCAACCCCAGUAGAGCUCUACCGUAAACUUUUGAGUUCUGCUGAUGACGGAAGCAUCCACAUCAUCUCCAUCGGCUUUCUCACCAAUCUUGCCCAUCUUCUCCGAUCCAAAGCAGAUCAUAUAAGCCACUUAUCCGGCUCGCAGCUUAUUUCCGCCAAAGUGAGCGAGCUGGUCGUGAUGGGUGGGCAAUACCCUUCUGGCUGGGAGUACAACUUUGGUGGUGAAGAUCCGGACAGCACGGCAUAUGUCGUUCAACACUGGCCAAAGAAUGUCAAUGUCACUUACUCAGGUGGUGAACUGGGUGGUGACAUCUUCUCUGGUCAACACCUUGCACAGCGCUGCCCUCCUGAUUCUCCAGUCUUGAGCUCCUACCAAUGGUACGUGGGCCGCGGCUCUACGGUUCGUUCGUCGUGGGAUCCGAUUACGAUGUUGUAUGGAAUUUUGGGCCUUGAAUGGGUUUCGAAAAUAGGUGUUCGACCGAUGCUUGCGUAUGCAAACGACUUUGGGUAUAACACCAUCACUGCGGCGAACGGAUCGAAUGCGUGGGUGAAUGAUACGACGGUAACUAAUCAGCAUUGGUUACGACUGGCUAAAGGAGUGACAAAUCACAGCAUGGCAGGGCUGCUUGAUGAAUUCUACGCGCAUGACCCAUCUAUUCGAAGUUGCUUUCGGUAUGGGGUACUCUCAGAGAAUUUUGACAAAGUAUGA